AAACUGUCAUUACUCGACAUUGAAGGAAGUGAUUACUUUUUCCACCGAAUACAUUCAAACGAGACAAUCACACAAAUUUGAGAGAGAUUUUCACUGCUAGGUAUCGGUAAUAUUAAGUACUUAGUUCAAAAAAUACCACACAUUCUUACCUAACUACCUUAAAUAAAAUGGCGCAGGAAGACGAUGAGGAGGAAAUGGUAUUUAAUGUUGAAGAGGUUCAAAAAAUAGUUCGAGACAACAUUGAACUUUGCCUAGGAGGGAACGCGUAUAGUCAUUCAAGAACACCGCAAUGGAUUACUAUUAUUACAGAGAAAACUCUGGCCAGACUUAAUAAGCUCAACAAACCCUUCAAGUAUAUCUUGCGAAUUACGAUAACUCAGAAAAACGGCUCGGGCCUCCACACCGCAGCGGCUUACUACUGGGACACCGCUACAGAUAGCACGUGCACAGUGCGCUGGGAAAACAAGUUCAUGUACUGCAUCGUCAAUGUAUGGGGUCUCGCUUUACAAAUAUAAUUUCUUAUCUUGCCAGAAAAA